GAAUUAUCAAGAGAAUAUUACUCCGUAUUGUGUUUAAUAUUUUAACCAUUCCAUCUCAAAACUUAGCGACAGGCAGUAUAUCGAAAAUCUGGUAUCAACUGAGCUGUCGAGAUGGCUAUAAUACCCACAACCAAUAAACAGGUGCUCGAGAAAUAUCUCGACCUCGAACAGAAUGGAAAGGUCAUGGCAGAAUAUCUCUGGAUCGACGGCACUGGCGAGGGAAUUAGAAGUAAAUGCCGAACUUUGAACUCAACGCCAAAACAUCCUUCAGAUUGCCCCAUCUGGAACUUCGAUGGUUCGAGUACAUACCAGGCAGAAGGCUCGAACUCCGACAUGUACCUCCACCCUUGUGCCAUUUUCAAAGAUCCGUUCAGAAGAGGCAACAAUAUAUUGGUUCUGUGUGAUGUUUAUAAAUAUAAUAACAAACCAGCAGACACCAAUCAACGUCAUACGUGUGCCCAGGUGAUGGAACGUGCCAAGGCCUCACAACCCUGGUUUGGUAUUGAACAGGAGUACACAAUCUUAGACUUCGACGGUCAUCCUUUUGGAUGGCCCAAAAAUGGUUUCCCGGGACCCCAAGGUCCUUACUAUUGUGGUGUCGGUGCUAAUAGGGUGUAUGGUAGAGAUAUUGUUGAAGCUCAUUAUAAAGCCUGUCUGUAUGCUGGUGUCGAUAUUUGUGGUUGUAAUGCUGAAGUCAUGCCCGCUCAGUGGGAGUUUCAAGUUGGACCCACCGAGGGUAUCGCCAUGGGUGACCAUUUGUGGGUAGCAAGAUAUAUUUUACAUCGGGUAGCUGAAGAUUUCGGGGUAGUCGUGACCCUUGACCCUAAACCAAUGGAAGGAGACUGGAAUGGUGCCGGAGCUCACACAAAUUACAGUACUUUAGAGAUGAGAAACAAGGAUGGACUCAAAGUUAUUGAAGAAGCCAUUGAGAAGCUAAGCUUCCACCACGUGCGUCACAUCAAAGCUUACGACCCUCGAGAAGGAAAGGACAACGAACGUCGAUUGACAGGACUUCACGAAACGUCCUCCAUCCACGAUUUCUCAGCCGGUGUGGCCAAUCGAGGAGCGAGUAUCAGAAUUCCCCGACAGGUGGCAGAAGAUGGCUACGGAUAUUUAGAAGACAGACGACCAUCUUCUAACUGUGACCCCUACGCCGUCACAGAGGUUAUCGUCAGGACAACGCUUUUAAAUGAAUAGACGUAUUUGAUUGGGCGAUAUUGUAAAUACAGGGUCAAUCUCAAGAUAUUGUAACAACUUCACCCAUUGGCUGUUGGGUCACCUCUAAUCUCGUUGUAAUCCAAUUAGAUUGUUUCUUUUAUUUUGUGAUAAAAAUAAUUUUCAAUCAAACUGUCUCAAGUUGCACGUUGAAGAUUACUUCUAAUAUCCAAUCAAAAUAUACCUCAUUUCACACCGCAUGGCUUUACAAAUGCACCUUGUUUUCAGUUCAUGACUCAAUAAGGUGGAAACUGGCGCAAGUCACGUAAAUUAUAAUUAAAUGACGCUUGUGAUUCCCUUCCUCAAACUGUGCCAUGGAGACUUGUGUGGAUAUUGCAUCUUUAAAUGCGUUCUCCUGAACGUUUGGGCGAAUUGCAGACGCAAACAAAGCCAUUUCAUUUGAGCGACAGGCAGUGGAGCAGGGCAUGUUUUCCUUUUUAUUUUUGUUGUUACAAAUGAUUCUUUCUGAUUUAUGCCAUCGUUUUAGAUGGCCUGUUACACUGGUAAUUCGGAUGCAAGGUAUCUGUGCUAAUCUGACAAAUACACGUGCAUUCAGAAUCAAUUUAGAAAAAUCUACUGUUUUUCGAUUUAAAUACGUUCCAUCUAUACCUCAAAACAUUCUAAAUGGUUUCGUAUGAUAAUUGAUAUGAUUGUAUUCAAAUUGACUCUGAAUGCACGUGCAUCUUAUCUAUUGUUCUCAUUAGCUAGAAACUGUUUUAAUUAUUAAUUAAUUCUAUAUAUUGUUAAUUAGAUUAUGAUAAUAAUAUGACAUAUUAAAUAUGUUAAGAUAU